AUGAUUCUUAAAGACAACUUCUUCAUCGAGAGAAUCCUGCCGGCAAAUACUUUGAGAAAACUUCAUGAAGUAGAAAUGAACGCGUACAGGCAACCGUUUGUUGAGAAAGGUGAAAGUAGAAGACCUAUGCUAACCUGGCCAAGAGAAAUACCUUUCAUAAGUGAAGGACCUUAUGAUGUUCUGAAAGUCGUUCAAGACUAUGCACGAUUCAUGGAACGCAGCGAGUCGAUUCCGAAAUUGUUCAUCGAGGCAGAUCCAGGGGUCUUCAGUAAAGCAAUAUCCGAAACAGCCAAAGCGUGGCCAAACACAAGAACAGUUAAAGUACGAGGUUUGCAUUACGUGCAAGAAGACUCGCCAAAAGAAAUAGGACAUGCCAUAGCAAACUUUCUGGGUAGUGUCUACACCACUUGA